CGGACAGACCUGGGCAGAUCUUGCUGCCUCCCCUUACCCGCUGCGCGGGCGCCGGACGGCCGCGGCGGUGCGAGGGGCAGCUGGGGGCCGGGACCAGGGCCAUGAAGGUGAAGAAGGGCGGCAGCGGGGCCGGGGCCACGGCUGGGUCGGACCCCGGGCCGGGGGCCUCGGGCUGCAAGGACGACGAGCCGGAAUCGGAGCCGGAGCCCCAGGCGCUGCGGAGGAAGGCGCUGAUCGGGCCUGAAGAUGUGUUGGGGCUACAGCGCAUCACGUGCGAUUACCUCUGCUCUCCAGAGGAGAAUGUCUACAAGAUUGAUUUCACCAGGUUCAAGAUUCGGGACAUGGAGUCAGGCACUGUUCUUUUCGAGAUUAGCAAGCCCCCUAAUUCAGAGAGAGACCUUAGCGAAAAGCGGGACGUGGACCCCAAUGCUGGCCGCUUUGUCCGCUACCAGUUCACCCCAGCCUUCCUCCGCCUGCGGCAGGUUGGAGCCACUGUGGAGUUCACAGUGGGAGACAAGCCCAUCAGUAAUUUCCGGAUGAUUGAGAGGCACUACUUUCGGAACCGACUCCUCAAGAGUUUUGACUUCGAAUUUGGUUUCUGCAUCCCCAGAAGCAAGAACACCUGUGAACACAUCUAUGAGUUUCCCCCGCUUUCGGAGGAGCUAAGUGCGUUUAUGGGAUGCACACGGGCAGUCAGUGAGAUGAUCCGCCACCCCUACGAGACGCAGUCGGACAGUUUUUACUUUGUAGACAACAAGCUGGUGAUGCACAACAAGGCAGAUUAUUCGUACAGCGGGGGGCCAUGACCUCCCCCAAACUGAGGCCCCUUCUGGCCUCCAACUUUCCCUCCACCCCAGCUCCUGGCCCCUCCCUCCAUCAAGCAGAUGGUGUGAUUUGCUCCCUACUGCCUGGGGGGUGUGGGGGUGGUUCUUACCUUGUCAUAUAUCCCCUCUGCUGAAAGUCAUGGGGAUCCCCAAGGUCCUUGAGUGAGAAAUGGGGUUCCCUUCCAUCUCAGUGGCUUCUCUCCCCUGCUAUCUCAAUUCUUCCCAGAUGUUAGACAGAUGCAUUUGUUGGGGUCUCAGAUUAUAGUUUGAAGAGGGCAUGUCCUCCUCUUCCAGGAAGGCCUUGGGUGGGAGGGGGGAGGUUGUUUGGUAAGGAUCUAGGGUAUUUAGGCGAUUGC